UCUCAGAGCCAUUUGUUCUUUCCCCGAGCCUGCCGGGAGCAGGCAGACGGGACAUCCUAGAGAAAAAAGCGUGUGCAGCAGCACAGCGUGUCACCUGCUGCUGCUGCUGCAGCGUUAGUGCUGGGGAGCACGUUACCAUCUCCCGCUCCCACUGGCCCACCGCAACUGGUGGAAGGAUGGAGGCAGAGUUUGAGACCCGCUGCCCCGUGUGCCUGGAGAACUGGGACAGCGCAGCAUACGCCAUGCCUUGCUGCCACCAGUUCUGCUUCCGCUGCAUCCAGCGGUGGACAAGCACCAGGCCCCAGUGUCCGCUGUGCAAACGGGAUGUGAAGACCAUCAUUCACUCCGUGCAAGCGGACGACAACUACAAGGAGGUGGAGGUCAGACCAGCUGCACAGGCAUCCGUUGCUACACGGAGACCCGCACUCCACCACGCAGCCCGGCCAUGGCCUGCAGUGCCCACGCAUCCUCUGGGCGGCCUCUCCCCUGCCACCUGGGCUUCCCUCUUCAGGGAGCAGCCGGCCCUGCUGCGGCCCCUGCGGUCCUGGCUGCGCCAGAACCUGCACCGCAUCCUGGGCACCGAGGGGGCCACAGGCAAAUAUCCUGGUUGA